CACGCGCAGCUCUGUAGAGAGUGCCAGUACCCUGGCCGGCAUCAACCCAGAGGCGGUCAUCAGCAGACUGACCCUCCCAGAGUCGAUGGGGACCAGCAUGUGGGGCGGCAGCGUGGACCUCAGCCUGGAGGCCAACGCCAUCGCCCUCCGAUACCUAAGCGACCAGCAGCUCUCCAGGCUCUCUGUAGGGGGAGGGCAACAGCCCCCCGGGGCCCGUCCCAGGUUCAGCCCCUGCACACUGCUCUCAGAGAAGCCCCCAACGGAGAAGAGCGCCAUGGGACAGAGCAGUAUUCUGUCUCCGAACAACAUGUCUUUAGCCACCCGCAAGUACAUGAAGAGAUACGGGCUGAUAGAGGAGGGGAGCGGGAGUGAGGAGGAGGAGAGGGCCGAGGGGGAGCAAUCGGAGAUGGGAUACACUGUACAGUUCCAUGUUCAACCGGAACAAGAAGGACUAGGAGAGUGGGAGCACAAAGGUUUGGUUCUGAAAAACAUCACAAACGAGUUGCCCCACUCCGACCCUGUCCACCCCCAGGCACUGCAUGCAGACUCUCAAAGCCAGCUACUCAGAGACUUGCGUCCUAAAAUGCAGCUUUUGGCCCGCGGCGCCAAACACAGUUUGGAGAAGGAGAAUGGCGCCAAACAGCGGCCAUCUUUUGGAAAAAUGCAGAGGGAGUGUCCUCAACCAGAAGGGUCGAUGGGAAAUUUCUUGGACCUAAGUAGACUUCGACAGCUGCCGAAACUCUUCUAAAGGACCCAUGGGAACUAAUGCAAAGGGAACUCAAAAUGACAAAUGAAAUGUAUUGUCGAAUCCAUUGGGAUUUGUCAGUUUGCUUGUUUCCUUAGUAAGAGGUUUUUAAAUGCUUCCAUACAUUUUUGUUUACAAUAAAAACAAUUAUGCCUCUUUAUUUUAAUCUUCAUGGUGCUCAUUGUAAUGUAUACAUGUGUGUGUGACCGCUGAUUGACAGAGAUUGUUACCAAAUCACCACAGUGCUCUUUUGUCUGUGAGCAAAAUGAUUCUCCUCUUUCUACUACUACCACUUGGAGGAGGGUGUAGUGUCAUGAUGUAGCUCUUUUCAAUGGUGGCAGCUAGGUCCUUUUUAUCUAUUUUUAUUUUAAAUGCUUUUGAUUUUCAACAUGCCAUGGAUGCCAAUUGUCUGAACCGUUGUAAAAGCUAUUUAAUUUACAGUUUGGCCGUUUAUUGAUAACCACUAUACCAAUCUCGUGGUAAUUGAUGUGCACCUAUUUAUAGUCAAUGUUGGGAUUUUUUAAAGUCUGAUUACAUGGUGAAACAGACUACA